CGUCUAACUUCAGUCUGGAAUCGUGCUCCACAUCGCUCGGCAGAAACUUAGAUAAAAAAAACUAAAAUGCUCUCAAUGAAAAUCGUUUUUGUUCUCGGCUUGGCCUUGACAAUUGUUUCGGCUGGCAUUGUUGGCGGCAUAACUGAGCUCUCUGGCGAUGAUCUGAAGGAAGCCGAAGUCACCCUGAACAAAUCGCUGUCCAAAUUGGCAAGCGGCGAUGGACCCAACUACAAGUUGGGCAAAAUCAUCAAGGCCACUCGUCAAAUUGUUGCGGGCACCAAAUACGUCUACGAUGUGGAACUGAUUGAGGGCAGCAAGACGAAGGUGUGCAACGUGGUGAUCGUGUCCCAGCCCUGGCUCGAGAACGGAAUCGAAGUGACCUUUAACUGCCCCGACGGACAAGUUGUGAAGAGGCACAGUGUCUAAGAGUUGACAAUAUGUAUAUAUACUACUUACU